CCCUGACAAGCUCACUUGUUCCCGUCUUUAAUGUGCAAUCUGUUUUCUCCAGCGGAGGGCACUCAGUGUAUCACAAACUCGAGCAUUAGCACCGACCAGCUCUGAGCACCAUCAGUCUCCGGAAAGCCUUCUGAAUUAGACAAGGGCUGCCUCUCAGCACAGCUACAAAACACUUUCAACCUGACCAGCUAAAUGGAUAAACCUAGCCCGCAUAGCUUUUAAACUGGGGUCUCACACAGCACAGGCGGCCUGCUUGCUUCAACAACUGAAAAAUCCUGAGGAUGAAUUGCUUUAUCUGGGAAUGGCAAAAGCCAGCACAAUAAGGAAUGCCAGGUGGUGGUGAUUUCUACCGGAGAGACCAAAUAAGAAGAAAGCUGAGAGAGGGGGGCAGACGUUUUUUGGAUGACAAAGGAUGGGUUUCCGUCAAAUCCCGCAGCUGAAAGGCAUGAGUGUGUUUCUGGUGCUAUUUCCCACCCUGCUGCUGGUUAUGCUGACGGGGGCUCAGAGAGCUUGCCCGAAGAAUUGCAGAUGCGAUGGCAAAAUUGUGUACUGUGAGUCUCACGCCUUUGCAGACAUCCCGGAGAACAUUUCUGGAGGGUCACAAGGUUUAUCCUUAAGGUUCAACAGCAUUCAGAAACUCAAAUCCAAUCAGUUUGCCGGCCUUAACCAGCUUAUAUGGCUUUAUCUUGACCAUAAUUACAUUAGCUCAGUGGAUGAAGAUGCCUUUCAAGGGAUCCGCAGACUGAAAGAAUUAAUUCUAAGCUCCAACAAAAUUACCUAUCUGCACAAUAAAACAUUUCACCCAGUCCCCAAUCUCCGCAACCUAGAUCUGUCCUACAACAAACUUCAGACCUUGCAAUCUGAGCAGUUUAAAGGCCUCCGGAAACUCAUCAUUUUGCACUUGCGAUCUAAUUCCCUAAAGACCGUGCCCAUAAGGGUGUUUCAAGACUGCCGGAACCUUGACUUUCUGGAUUUGGGCUACAAUCGUCUCAGAAGCUUAUCCCGAAAUGCAUUUGCUGGUCUUCUGAAGUUGAAGGAGCUGCAUUUGGAACACAAUCAGUUUUCAAAGAUCAAUUUUGCUCAUUUUCCUCGUCUCUUCAACCUGCGAUCCAUUUACCUGCAGUGGAACCGGAUCCGUUCUGUGAGCCAAGGCCUAACAUGGACCUGGAGUUCCUUGCACACCUUGGAUCUAUCAGGGAAUGACAUCCAAGCAAUAGAGCCUGGCACAUUUAAAUGUCUGCCUAAUUUGCAAAAAUUGAAUUUGGAUUCCAACAAGCUCACCAACGUCUCCCAGGAGACCGUGAAUGCAUGGAUAUCCUUAAUAUCCAUCACCUUGUCUGGAAAUAUGUGGGAAUGCAGUCGGAGCAUCUGUCCUCUGUUCUACUGGCUGAAGAAUUUCAAAGGUAAUAAAGAAAGUACCAUGAUAUGUGCAGGACCUAAGCACAUACAGGGUGAGAAGGUCAGUGAUGCUGUGGAGACUUACAACAUCUGCUCCGAGGUCCAGGUGGUCAACACAGAAAGAUCACCACUGGCGCCUCAAACUCCCCAGAAGCCCCCGUUCAUUCCUAAGCCUACCAUCUUCAAACCUGAUACCAUCCCUGCCACCCUGGAGUCAGCGAGUCCAUCCCCAGGCUUUCCGAUUCCAGGUACGGAUCAUGAGUACGAGCAUGUGUCCUUUCACAAAAUUAUCGCGGGGAGCGUGGCUCUCUUCCUCUCUGUGGCCAUGAUUCUCCUGGUGAUCUAUGUGUCUUGGAAAAGGUACCCUGCCAGCAUGAAACAACUCCAACAGCACUCGCUUAUGAAGAGGCGGCGGAAAAAGGCGAGAGAGUCAGAGAGACAAAUGAAUUCCCCUUUACAGGAAUACUACGUGGACUACAAGCCAACGAACACUGAGACCAUGGAUAUAUCGGUUAAUGGAUCUGGUCCCUGCACAUAUACCAUCUCUGGCUCCAGGGAGUGUGAGAUACCCCACCACGUGAAGCCCUUGCCAUAUUAUAGCUACGACCAACCAGUGAUUGGGUACUGCCAAGCCCACCAGCCUCUCCACAUCAACAAGGCCUAUGAAGCUGUAUCCAUAGACCAGGACGAUAGCGCCAGCUUGGAGCUUGGGAGAGACCACAGCUUCAUCGCCACCAUAGCCAGGUCGGCUGCACCUGCCAUUUAUCUGGAGAGAAUAACAAACUAACAGUAAAGCCAACUCCUUAAUUCAGAGCUCACAUGGAGAAGGGAGACCUUCAUCACAAAGGAUAUGAGGUGUCCAGCAUCCUCCAGCCUCAAGAGUUCAUUGUUCCUGUACAGAAGUUUAGAGCAUAAUGAGAGAAAAAAUAACAACAACAACAAGCCAAACUGCUUAUGAUAUUGGGCAGCUGGUGAACCUGCCACCAACCUGGGAGAACAUAAAACUUUCUGUGCUUUAAAACAUAAAACAAACACAGGUUCUCCUGGAUGUAAAUAGUCAAGAGUGUUAAGUUCUUAUAAAAAUAGAUUUCACUCUAGCUAUCUAUAGGUUUGUUUGUAUAUUUGAUUUUUCUACGCUGCAUGGUUCCUGGGUUGAAGAACCACAGGGGGGAGGGUGGGAAUUUUGGGGAAACUAUGCAGUUUUCCUUGUAAGGUGUGCAUAAUAUUCACAGACCUUAUUUCCUAUGUUUUUAGUUUGUUUUCCCUUUAAAAUAUGGUUUUAUUCUUUUGUUUAUUUUUUGUUAAUUUCUUGAUGGAAUGCCUUUCUACUUCUAAAUAUGAGUACAUACAUGGUACCAAAAUAAGAUUUGGUUUUGCACUGACCUAAAGAAAAUUGACAACAGCAUUCAAUAAACUAUUGGAAUGAAUUAAAUACAUCAAAGUGUACAUUCCUUCAGUACACAUUAUAGAUAGUAUCAGGAGGCCUGAUUUAUUCCUCCAUUGGUGUCAAGCAUGGAAAGAAAAUUGAUAACCAGAUCUGUGAACACCUUGAGUGGAGAAGAACCUGAGAACUAGCCUCGGCAGAGAGAGAGAGGGUCUCUGUGAACAAUGAACAGAGAUCCAGUGGGUGAAACUGUCAAGAUUAUGUGUAAUGUUGCUUUUAAAUUUAAUUAUUACUUAGCUUUUGUGUAAUUUUUAUCAAUAAAAGAAAAAAUGUUAAAAAAUGAAA